AUGACUAAACCAAAAGUACUUUUUAUUGGAGAAUUAAAUCGACAACUCCCACAAUUCAAAAAUUUCCAAUUGAAAUAUGAUUGUAUUUUCAUUGAACUUACCACUAGAGAUGAAUUCAUUAAUGAUUUAAAAACAAAAUAUCAUGAUAUUGUAGCUAUUUAUGGAGCAUGGCUUGGGUUUUUACCCAUUGGUGGAUUUAGAACCGUUAUUAAUGAGUAUUGUCCACCACCAAAACUAAAAAUUAUUGCAUUUUGUUCUGUUGGUUAUGAUCAUGAAGAUGCUAAAGUGUUACUGGACCACGGAAUUGCCUUGACGAAUGUACCUAGUGAUGGGGCUGCUGGUCCUGUUGCUGAUUUGGUAUUAUAUUUGACAUUGACUAGUUUUAGACAAUUUCAUAUGUAUGGUAAUGAAUUAUUGAAGAAUCCUCAUACGGUUGAUUUAAGAUAUCAAUUGAAUCAAAAUGAUUUUGAUUCUCAACAUGGGAAAGUAACAACUAGUUCUGGUGGUGUUUCUGGGUAUGAUUUUGGUCAUUAUUUGAAUCAUCGAGCUAAUACAUCACCAAGAGGUCAUAAUGUAACCAUCAUUGGAUUUGGGAAAAUUGGUCAAACGAUUGGGAAAAAAUUACAUGAUAUAGGAAUGAAAAUCACUUAUGUUAAACGAAAUAAAUUAACUUCGUUACAAGAACAUAAUUUAGGUUAUCCAGUGGAAUAUCAUUGUAAAAUUAAUGAUGUACCCAAAAUUGAUUUAAUUGUUAUUGCAUGUCCUGCAACCCCGGAAACAUUCCAUUUAAUUAAUAAAUCAGUGAUUGAACUGAUUAAGACCCCAUUUAGAAUUAUAAAUAUUGGUCGUGGUACAGUAAUUGAUGAAAAUUCAUUAGUUGAAGGAUUAAAACUGGGGAAAAUUUUAUUUGCUGGAUUAGAUGUAUUUGAAAAUGAACCGAAAAUUCAUCCAGAAUUGCUUGGAAGAGAUGAUGUUGUAUUAACUCCUCAUGUAGGAGCAUCAACGGUAGAAAAUUUUGAUUAUACUGCUGCUAAAGCAUUAGAAAAUAUUGAUCAGAUUAUUACUCAAGGUAAAUGCUUAAAUAGAGUCAAUUAA